AUGAGCGGCAGAGGGUACCAAGACCCUGGCAAGGUGUCAGAUGCUAAGGCACUGCAAUUGUUGUUCAAGACCGGGGGCAAGGGUCAGAGCACCAUCCCCAAGAAACGACCAGGUCCAUCGAUGCAAGUCGCGCGCCCAGCACCUGUAACCCAAGGCAGUUCUACUAUCCCGUCAACAAAAGAUCGGCACUAUACGCCGACCCUUCUACCUAACCCUCUAGAUCGCAAAGCUGGAGCUAUUCUGGGCUCAUCAGCUUGCGAUUUCCUCGGUCGAAAAGAUGCAGCUCCUAAGCUGUCUUCCAAUCCUGUCCAGGGCCAAGGCAACAAGGGUGAAGUCGAGCUUCCAUUCACUGCAUCCACUGCUCCUAAGGCACAGGAGAUGUCACCCAGUCCCGCUCAGAAGCAAAGUGAGAAGCUUGAUCACAAGCUUCCGCCUACUACAGCCGCGAUUCCGAUGACUCCCAAGCCGGAUUCCAAUUCCAUUCAGGGGCAGAGCGAGAAAGCUCGGGCUCACGCUCUACCUACCAACCCAACUCCCACUGUUUCUAGGGCUCCUGAAAGAGUCAGCAAUCUUGAUCUCCUCAGUGGCUUGGCCACUGAUUCAGGCAAAACUUCUAUCAAAGCCCCAACCGCAGACACGGUUGAUCAACCCCAGACGCCAGCUCAGAAUAUCAAUGAUUCUGAUAAAGAGUUGAAGAGGAAGAGUCUUUUCGACAUAUUCAAUGGCGAAGAAUCAGACAAUGAACCGGAUGGUGACGCUUCUGAUGUCCAAGCGAAGGAGGUAGCUAUGCAUGAUUCCAAUGCCGCCAACGUUUUGAAGUACUCACCUGACGAACUUUUGAAAAUGAAGGCAAAUGCAAAGAUCGGUGUUCUUCCCCCUGACUGCAUAGUCAAGCGUCGUGAAGACAGCGGGAAAACGAACAUUGCUGCUGCAUACAAAUCGGCUACCAGCUUCAUUACUCAUUCAACUCCCUCUGUAUCUAGACCUCAGACAGAGAUGACUGAGUCUGUUGUUCUUCAUCCCGCUGCUCCGCAAACUUCGCCACAGCAGGCUAAGCUCGACCCUGUUCAAGCUUUCACCGAGGUCAAAGCCGAACCUUUGCAGGUGGAAGAACUUAUUACCUUAGAGGAGGUUCGGGGUGAGUCCAAGUCUAAGGAUGCAGAGAAGGUGCAGGGUACUGCCCCUUUCGACCACCAACGCUGGAUGUCUGGCCUCACGUAUGAUCCCGCUGCUCUGCAAACUUCUCCGGAGCAUGCUAAGCUUGACUCUAUUCAAGCUCUCACCAACGCCAAAGCCGAAACUGUGCAGGUCGAAGAUCGCGUUGUCUUGGAGGAAUUUCAAGGUCAACACGAGUCUCAGGAGCUUCGCCCGCAGGCACCUGGGUUUGUGCCCGGAUUGCUGCAUGCCCCCUCAGCCACUUCCGUGCCUACCCAAGAUGCAACUCUAGCGACAAUUGAGUUGAAUGGUAAUGAGGCCAAGCAGCAUGCCUCAACAGAUAUAUUUGGUUCUACUGGCCUUAUGGGACUUAUUGUCACCACGACGCCUGUCCAUCUUUCCAAUGGCUUCUUCAUCGCCGGCCCUCCAACCAGUCAACUUAUGGCCGAGCCACCUUUCAAUGGCACCUUCUCGACCGAGCUGCCCCUGCACACUGUUGACGAGAAGGAGGGGGUAGUUCGUGCCCCGAGAAAGCCUACUAAGGGCCUGCGUGCAUCUAUGUGGGCUAAGUAAGGGAAGGAAGGAUAUGGUAUUCACAGGUUCCGGAUAGGAUUCUCAUAGGGCACAAGAAUCGAAGCGUCUCAACUGAUGCCAGAGCGUCUAAUUGUAUGUAUCCAUGUAAAUCAAGCCCAUAGUUGGUUUUUCCAUACAGGAAGGCAAUAGAAAAAUACA